CUCCUCCCCCUCGGCGUCUAUAGUAUUUUCGAUCCUAUGAUAGUGAGUCCUCUGUGUUGUCAUUCCUCCUCGGGCUUCCUAAAUUCUCCUCACCCUGACCCUUUUAUGAGUGGCGGAGCAGAGACGUGGACUGAGGAUGAUGGACUGACCGCACACUAUUAUGAAUAUGAUGGUUGGCUGAAAAAAAAGAAUGUCUGAAGCCGUCAAUGCCAGCCACCUGCACCAGCUGAGUGUGACAGCUGUUAGUGGGGAGUUGUCAGGUAUCAGCAGCAUCUUCAACAAGCCGUCAGCCUAUGUGGAGCUGCUGGUGGAUGGUGUGCAGCAGAAAAGGACACAGACUGUCAAACACAAUGCUCACCCCAAAUGGCAGGAGACUUUCACAGUACUGGUGACCAAGGACUCGGUGUUGGUGUUCCGGGUGAGUGAUCACCACACGCUGGUGCGGGACUCCCUCAUCGGUGAAGCCACAUUAAAUCUUGCUGAUGUGGUGUCCCGUGGUGAUGGCAUAUCCUCCUCCAACCACACACUCAGCCUCACCUCACCUAACAGUCUGCCCUCAGUUGUCUCCCCAACCCCCACCAUCACUAUAACUCUGGAUGGACUGAAGCACUUGACUGUUAAUGGUGCUCGACAAAGGGAUACCAAUUAUAGUCUUCCUACAGAUGAGCGUGUUGUGGAGGAAGGCUGGGUACUGCUGGCAGACAUGUCUAGUGACCGGCGACGGGACGCUAAACCCUCUUAUACUGGGAUUUACUCAGGCGUAAACCCAGCCCUUGGCCCAUCACCCUGUGCAACAUCAGUUGUGAAUGUAAGUCAUGGGAAUGCUAGUGGAGUUACUGGAGGCAACACUGUCACUGUACGGGUGGGAGGGAAAACCCCCGCCCCUGUACCCCCUCCACCUCGCCCACCACCACCCGACACAACUGUUGCUGGGGUAGGCGCCCCUCUUCCUGCCAUACCUUUGCCUGGCAGCACUGCUGGGGUGACUGCAGCAACAACUACCUCUGGUACGCAGAGUCCCUUGCCCCAACUCCCAACCAUUAACAGUGACACCCCUGUAGCUCCUUCUCACCCCAAUGUGCGCAGCAGGAAGAACAUAGGGAAUGGUGCAGCUGUGUUAGUACUGGGAGGAGACAGUCCUACUGAGGGGCCUGGCAGCCAGAAUGGAACUCCAAAUACCACACCAAAUGGACCCAGUGCUAUUGGUCGGUCAACCUCGUCCACUCCCACAGCCACCCCAGCUGCUGGCCCACCUACCCUUCAGCCAGGGGCACUCCCAGUACUACCCACUAGCAAUGCAGUAGUCAAUGGGCAGUUACCCACCAGUGCUGUAUCCUCAGCCUCUUCCUCUCCAGUAGCUAAAUCCACAGCACCAGCUGUUAUUCCCCGAGCUGCCACGCGCCACCAUCGCACCCACAAGAACAAGCGCAAUUCAGCUGACAGCAGCAAUGCAGGGGCUCCAGUAGGCAGUGCUAGUGGAGGCACCAGCACCAGCACCAGCACCAGCACCAACAGUACGGGAGCACCAGCCGCUGCUGGAGGCAGCAACAGUACUAGUCAGUCAAAUUCAUCAGCAACAACCCAAGAAGAACCACUGCCUCAUGGGUGGGAGAUGAGGUAUGACCAGUUUGGGAGGAGGUACUAUGUGGACCACACAACACGAUCCACCACCUGGGAGCGCCCCAAGCCCUUACCUGCAGGAUGGGAGGCGAGGCGUGACCCUCGGGGCCGAGUGUACUAUGUGGACCACAACACUCGCACCACCACCUGGCAGCGCCCCACUGUUGAGAACAUUAGACAAUUUGAGGAAUGGCAGGGAGAGAGACAACACAUUGCCCAGCUAAGCUCCCAGCGAUUCCUGUACCCUAACCAGAACCAGGAGACAGAGAAUGAUCCCUUGGGACCCCUUCCUUUAGGCUGGGAGAAGCGUCACGAGCCAUGUGGUCGGGUAUACUUUGUCAACCACCGCAAUCGCACCACCCAGUGGGACGACCCUCGCACUCAGGGGAUGGCCUUAGAGGAGGAGCCUCUGCCAGCUGGGUGGGAGAUGAGGCUCACUGAGGAUGGCCGCCAAUACUUUGUGGAUCACAACACCAAGCAGACCACCUUCCAGGACCCUCGCCCAGGAGCCAAGCAAAUCAACUCAAGUCGGGGUCAGUAUGGCAUCCCAAUGGUGUACGAGCGGUCCUUCAGGUGGAAGCUGGGCCAGUUCAGGUACUUGUGUCACAGCAACUCUGUCUCUGGCCAUAUCAAGAUUAGCGUCACGCGGCAGACGCUGUUCGAGGACUCUUUCCACCAGGUGAUGAGACUCCCCGCCUAUGAGCUGCGGCGGCGGCUCUUCAUCAUCUUCAGGGGGGAGGAUGGCCUGGACUAUGGCGGAGUGGCAAGAGAAUGGUUUUUCCAGCUAUCCCAUGAAGUACUCAAUCCCAUGUAUUGCCUGUUUGAGUAUGCCAACAAGAACAAUUACUCCCUUCAAAUCAACCCAGCCUCAGAGGUCAACCCAGAUCACCUCACAUACUUCAAGUUCAUUGGUCGCUUCAUUGCCAUGGCUUUGUACCAUGGGAAAUUCAUCUACUCGGGCUUCACGAUGCCAUUCUACAAGAGGAUGCUCAACAAAAAACUCACCAUGAAGGACCUGGAGUCCAUUGAUCCUGAGUUCUACAAUUCCCUUUGCUGGAUCAGGGACAACAAUAUAGAGGAGUGUGGCCUUGAGAUGACUUUCUGCACUGACUUUGAAGUCCUGGGGAAGAUUACAGAAGUGGAGCUGAAGACUGGCGGCAAGGACGUCCAGGUUACGGAGGAGAACAAGGAGGAGUACAUUGAGCUGAUGAUGCAGUGGCGGCUGACCCGAGGGCAGGAGGCCCAGACACGGCACUUCCUGGAGGGCUUCUCUGAGGUGGUGCCGCUGGAGUGGCUCAAGUACUUUGAUGAGAGGGAGCUGGAGCUGCUGCUGUGUGGCAUGCAGGAGAUAGAUAUCAAUGACUGGCAGAAGCAUACCAUUUACCGCCACUACAACCGUUCCUCCAAACAAAUCAUAUGGUUCUGGCAGUUUGUGAUAGAAACUGACAAUGAGAAGCGUGCAAGAUUACUUCAGUUUGUGACUGGAACAUGUCGAGUACCUGUUGGAGGAUUUGCGGAACUCAUGGGAAGCAAUGGACCUCAGAAGUUCUGCAUUGAGAAGGUAGGAAAGGAAACUUGGUUACCUCGCUCUCACACAUGCUUCAAUCGUCUUGACUUGCCCCCAUACAAGUCAUAUGAGCAGUUGGUGGAGAAGCUCACGUUUGCCAUAGAGGAGACAGAAGGUUUUGGCCAGGAGUAGUGGGCGUCAUAUCUGUGAGUGUGGACUUAUGAAAUGGGUGUAAAUGUGUAUGUGCAUUGGGUAGAUAAUAUUAUUGAGUAUUUGAAAAUAUGCUUUGCAUAUAUGCUAAAUAUUCUUAUUGGCUACAGUGAGGAUCUGUCACAACGUAAUGUUAUAUCAUUACCUGACCAUACCCGGGUUGUGUUGUAUCAGCUAGCAUGAAUGCCAGGCUGGUUCCUGUUGAGAAAAGAAGAAAUUUGUGAUUACUUUGUCAUAUUUUCUGUUAUUAUAUUUUCUUGGCAAAGGCAUUAUUGUAUGGACUGAUAUUGUUAUUUUGUACCUUAUCCAAAGAAUAUGUUAAUGGCUCAUGGGAGAGUGUUUUGACAGUUGUAUUAUACCAUGUAUAAAGAAAGAUUUAGACCUGUAUGCUUGGCUGCUUUUGUCUUAGACCUGAUUCACAAAAAAUAGAAGGGCAUGUUUUUAUCAUGUUUGUUUUCUACCACAACAGCAACAACUUAGAUGCAGAAGCAGCACUCACACUGGGAGAGUGAAGGAGUUGGCUGGUUUGACUGUAUUGUCUUUGUAUUUUCAGCUGCAGGUGUGGUGACCAAGCCUUCCUGAACCUGUCCCAUGUUGCUGCUAUUUUAUUGCAAUGUUAUUAUUGUAGAUCAAUUUGACUGAGUGAUGAUAUGCUUAUUGUAAUGAUGACUAUGCUGAAGAAAGUUAUUUUAUACAUGAUUGAUGGAGAGUUUAUAAAGCAAGUUUCCCUAGAGUUAUCCAAGGAGGUCUCACAUUUCCUCCCCAUCAGUCUUCCCAAUUUCCCUUGCAAACAUUCUAUAUUUUAAUACUUCACCUCAUCACACUUCUUUUUAGGAAUCCCCCAUUGUUGUUUGGUUUACUACCUUCUAUGGUGGACAGUGAUACUUGUUGUUUGUGAUAACUUAUGAUUCAUGAAUAGGGUUUCAUUGCAGUUUCAGUUGCAUUGAUAUUGUAUAUUAGAUCAUAUUAAGAAAACCAACGAGCCUGUGAAUAUUUUGUGCAUAAGAUCCCAAACAAAAAUCUGCAUUAUGUGGACUGAGUUUGGUGUAACAUGAAAAAGAUGGAAAUAUGGAAAAUAUAACCUAUUUUGAGCUGCCUUUACAAAUCUGGUUUAAGUUUCACAAAAUAUGUUUGGAUUUAGCAAUAUUCACAGGGUUUGUAUGUAAAUGUAUAAUAUCUGAAUGCCCCAGGUGUGCAUUGCUAAGGUAUUGGGUGUAUAUAUAUGACAAUAUGCAGUAUGGAGAUGUGAAAUUAAGUUGAUGACAGGAAAAGAAAUGAGUAAAUCCUCCUGAGUGUGUGUGUGUGUGUGUGUGUGUGUGCUCCUUCACACAGUGCAUGCAUGUGCAGUGUGGUGACUGGUGACUGAUAGCUAUUGUUUGUCUCAGUGUGGUUGGCCAUCCAUUUAUAUGAUGCUUUUUCCUUCACCAGUCAUGAUGCAUAUUCAGUAUUUUCGUUCACAUGGAAUGGGGAAGUAGACAAGUGAGGGGUGGGGAUCAGCCGUCUUUCUGCACCUGAAAAUUAAGAGUACAGAAUUAAUUCUAUGAACUUGAUCAUAAUAAAACUGCACUAAAUUUGUUUGUCAUAACAAAAGAUGAUAAGACAAGAUAUCAGUAACAGAAAAAAACUGUUCUUUUUUAGCUAUUGAGUGUGAUAUUUCUCUCAAACACAUAAAGGAAGUCCUGAUAUAUUUUUCCAAGUGACCAGGUAGGUUUUGAAAAAGUGCACACUUCCAGACUACUUACUGUUCUGUCUACAUACAGCAAUAUACUGUAGGCCCCAAGAUUCCAUAUCCUCAGUUUCCUGAAUUUCAGGUUUUCCAUUAAAAAUUUGAAUAAUUGAAAGGACAUUUGACCAUUUUGACUGUUCCAUAAAAAAAAAAAUUAAUAGGGAACCAGUCCUUAGCUGGUGGUGGGCACUCGAUAACUUGACCCAGACUUUGAUAAUGAUACUUCGCUAACCUUUUUCGAUUACUGUGACUUUGAUAACGAUUACUGGAUAACUUUCAAUAACCAAAUCGGUGACUUCAAUAACGCGAUAACGAUAACUAAUGGUUUCUACAAACAUAACAAAAAAAUUUAAAUAGUGCUCAUAUUUGCUUCUAAAUAAUAUUUUAACCCAUUCUUUCAUAAACUACCAUUAUUACUUAGUUGUUUACCCAAAACAGGAAGUCUUAAACAGUAAAAAACUUGUUUUUAAUAUAUAUAUAUAUAUAUAUAUAUAUAUAUAUAUAUAUAUAUAUAUAUAUAUAUAUAUAUAUAUAUAUAUAUAUAUAUAUAUAUAUAUAUAUAUAUAUAUAUAUAUAUCAUUGUCAAUAACGAUUUUGAUAAUCAUUAUUGAUAAAAGUUAUCGAAAUGCCCACCACUGUCUUUAGCUAAUCUCAGUGUCCUGUAUUGCAGGAGUCAUGUUGCUCUUAGUCACUUCUGACAACAUACAGUGGAAUACAAACAAGUAUUCUUAUUUACCAUGUUUCAAGGAUAAAGUGCUUUGUGAAAAGCUAUGAAAUUACUGGAUGGAAGCACUCUGAUGAUAUUUCAGAUUUUUGGCUAAUUCAGAUAAGGUCUCCCAGAUAAGUCUGAUUUAUGGAGGGUUUACUGUACCCCCUAAAAAUUAGGUGACCAUCUACAUCUGAUAAGAUCUCGUUCAAAGUUUAUUCUAGAAAUCAAUGAUUACCUCCGAUACAUUGGCAGUGAUAGAUAUAAAUUGUUGACACAUAGAUAGGUGCCAUACUGUUAGGCUUCCUGCCAAGACAAGACUGGGUACUGAAGCAAAACCUGGCCAGUAAACAAACUGUUGACCAUACUUGAAAGUUCUCUAGGUGGCUGAGGGUGACACUGUAUGUGGAAUGGGGUCUAUUGUCAGUAAGUGAAUUAACUCAGGAAGUUCUUGCAAUCAUACUUAGUAUGUGAGAUAAGAGUUUAUAAGCUCUCUGUGAAUGCCUUCUUAAGACAAACAUGAUUGAGUGUAGAUGUAAUGUCAGUGUUUUAAAAUCAAGGUUGUGGAGACAGGACUUCAGACAGACCUCACAACCGUGCUUAUAACUCAAUCAAACUAGGAACUAGAGAAAUAAUCUGUCAGAGAAGUGUCACUAGUUACAAACUAACAUCUGUCUUUCUCAAGCAGAGACCCUGUCCCUUAAGUCACUCCCUGAUAAUGUGAUCAAGCUUGCUGUGUGUUGAAUGAGAGAGAAGCAUUGUUACAUCCCAGCAACUGCCUCAAACCUUUUGGGUUUAUUGCACUUCACACUUCAUGAUAAUUUUUUGUCCCAUUAAAUAUAAAGAAAUCAGCUAGCUACUUUUAUGACUUGAUUACCAUCCAUAAAAAAAUGUGACUUCUUUGUUGAAGAGGCUGCCAUAGAGCUUCUAAGAAAGAAGUGCAGGUGUUUGUAUCAUUUGUGAAUAUAAAUUUGCUCUUUAUUUUGUCAUGGCAUAAAAAAUGGCUCAUGAACAACCUGCCUGUGAUUUUGUUGUAAAUCACAGAAAAGAUAAAAAGGGGCAUUGUGGGGCUGCUUAAAGGCUUCUUUGUGUGGGUGAGUGAGGGAGCUGCAAGGAGAUUCUUGUAGGGAACAAAAGUUUGGAUGAAGUUAUUCAUAAUCAAAAUCUAUAUCUUAAAAAGUUUUAUGGUGUCUGUGUGAAGGAUAUAUGCAUAUUGAUUUUUCACCAACAGCACAUUUAUUGUUUAUAUGGAUCUUUUAAUUACCGGUCUUAAUUGUUCACCAGAAUUUUAAGAAAUAUCAAGGCAAUGCAUACUAAGUAAAUAGAAAUUUGCUGUUAUAAUUCUGGAAAUAUUGAUGUGGACCUCAAGUAUGUCAAAGUAAUUCACUUGCAGCUGUGGAUGUGUUACUUUUUAAGAAAAAUGUAUGGACUUUCAUGCAGUGACCAAUGAUAGGCAGCGCUCAGUGUUGUGAAAUGUAAAGAUAUUAUAAAUUGGGUAUAACUGUGUUGCGCUGGAAGUGCAGUAUGUAAAGGUUUAUUUUCUAUAUUCCUUGAACUAUGAUACAUGAAGGAUCUUUUAUGCAUCUGUAAUUACCUAUUAUACCUUUGAAGGAUUUUAAAUGCUUUGUGAUUAGAUACAUGUUUCCUUAUAUAUUUUUAUUAAACAUUUCCUUUCAUAUUUCUGGCAUCAAAUCAGGAUGAUAAAGUUCCCCUUUAUCCAACAUUUCUUCAUAUUUUGUCCCUCAUUUAUUGCCUUAUAUAAUCAUCAUGUUUUAGAAGGAAAUUGUUAAUAUACUCUUUAGUUAGUGACCAGCCUAAAGAACCACCAGCUUCAACAAGCACAUUGUAUUACCCUGGAUGAAUGACUCACGAGACCACUCAGCACACCUGCUGGUUGCAGCUGCACUUGGCUGAACUUUAGUGAUAUGAACUUGGUUCCCAAGCCACUCUGUUGGCACUGGGUGGGAGCUGCUAGGAAAUUACUUGUAUUCUCAGCUAUAUUUGUGUUAAAUGAAAUUUUCAUAAAAUGUACUUAAGGAUUUAUAUUCAACAAGUGAUAUAGUUGAUAAGGCAUAGAAGAAUUUCAAGUUCAGCUAAAAUAAUUAGAUUAGUUGUGGCACAGAAUGGUAAAAGAUACACUGUUAGCCACUGGGUUUGUAUGUCUCAUUGGUUCAGGUUUUCAUAUGUGUAUGAAAGAACACAUUUUGGUGGCCUUGAAUCAUUAGUAUCCAGUGGUCUUAUGUUACAAGUGAAGUGCAUUUCUCAGCAGUAGAUAACCUAUACAGUUGAAACAUUAAAUACACGAACUAUGAUGCACAAAAGUUUUUUUGAUGACACAAGGCUAGUGCUUGAAAAAGAUAUUGCGUCAAAUUUUGGCUCCUUCAUAGCAGGACACAUGCAUUAUUGUCAUCAUGGUUACUGUACAUCAUGCUGCCGUUGUUUCCAGAACAGUCAAAAUGUGCAAGUGUGCCUCAUUCUCAGUCAAGUCAGGACAACACAUUGCCUGUAUAUACUGUAAUAUACCCUCUACACAUUUUUUUUAAUACAUUCAUAACCAAGAAUUUAUGUAUAUACUGUGAUAGCUAGGUAAGUCAGUGAUGAGGCCGUUUGUUCCAUGGAGGUAUUAGCAAGAGUUUCUGGAGAAACCACAAAAUAUUUUGUAAUAGUCUUGAUUCUCUUGUUUCCAUGUAUAUACAUAAGUAUGGUGGAAAAUUCCAGUUGGUUCUCUGUUGGUUCUCUUCAGAUUGUUGACCGGCCAAAUUAUCAACUAGAAGGAUUAUGGCAGAGGUAAUAUGAGAUGUUCAGCUCUUCCUCACUCUUGACAAAUGAAAGUUUAGCCUGGCUUCAUUAUAUGUAUUAGCCCUCUAUCAUAUAAUUAUUUCACUCCUUAUAUUCUCCAGUUUGCUGCUCUAUAUGUUACACUUUGCUUUACUCUCUUCUCAUCAAUUUGGUUUGUAUCCAGUUAUCUUAGUCACUCCCUGUAUGCUUAUUUGUUUUGGGUCUAAUUUCACAAGUAUGAGGAAUCACUGUCCUGUCUCUUGUGAUUGGCGCCAAGACUUUACAACACACUAGCGAGCAUAGACUCUGCAAUCUUGUGUAUCUUCCUAAUAUCUGUUCCUUGUGGCUUCAUGUGGCUGUUUAGUUCAGGCACUUCAAUGAAUUGUUGUGUAAUGGCAGUUACAAGAACAGCUGCAUUAUGUGUCAGAGUAAAGUAUUUAAAAAUAAUUAUAUAUUUGAUUAUAAACUGCAUUCAGUAUUGUUUGCAGUAGUAAUUCUUAUUUUCCAUGAUAAAUACUAUUGCUGUGUAUAUAUAUACUGUCUGGAUAUGUAAAUAAAGUGUAAUCCACAAAA